UCGUCUUAUAACAAAAAGCCGCUCUCAUUUUUUUCUUUAACACUGCCGCAUUGUUUUAAUAAAUAUAAAUCUAUAAAACUUUUUCAAACGAAACUGGAUUAAUAAAAUAUAUAUACGAAUAAAAUUACCAACUAUUAUUAGUGCUGUAGCAAAGCACUAAUAAUGAGUGAUGUUUUAAAAAGCUCUCAGGAGCGAUCUCGCAAACGUAAACAAUUGUUAGCACAAACGCUAGGUUUGUCAAGUGUUGAUGAGCUGAAGAUUGCUUUGGGCACAGCAAACGAUUCAAAUCCUAAUGCUAGCUUAAGUUCCGGCAGUUUUGGCACAAGUGCUCUAAAAGGUGUUGCUGUUCACAAUAAUCAGCGUGCCGGCGGUGGUGGUGUCCAGGACGAGGAUGAGGGAGUGGUGGCCAAAAAGACACCGGGAGAAAUUAUUUAUAGGGAUUCAUCAACAUUUUUAAAGGGUACACAAUCAUCUAAUCCUCACAAUGAUUACUGCCAACAUUUUGUCGAUACCGGUCAAAGACCACAAAAUUUUAUACGUGAUGUUGGUUUGGCUGACCGUUUUGAAGAGUAUCCAAAAUUAAGAGAACUUAUAAGGCUUAAGGACAAACUAAUACAGGAUACCGCUUCGGCACCCAUGUAUUUAAAAGCCGACUUAAAACAUUUAGAUAUUAAAACAUUGGGGACCAAGUUUGAUGUUAUUUUGAUAGAGCCGCCUUUAGAGGAAUAUGCCCGGGCAGCGCCUUCGGUAGCUACAGUGGGUGGUGCACCGAGAGUGUUUUGGAACUGGGAUGAAAUAUUAAAUCUAGAUGUUGGCGAGAUAGCUGCACAUCGUUCAUUUGUCUUCCUUUGGUGUGGCUCUUCGGAGGGUUUGGAUAUGGGCCGCAAUUGCCUGAAAAAGUGGGGCUUUAGACGUUGCGAAGAUAUUUGCUGGAUACGCACUAAUAUUAAUAAACCCGGUCAUUCUAAACAAUUGGAACCCAAAGCUGUUUUUCAGCGUACUAAAGAACAUUGUUUAAUGGGCAUUAAGGGCACCGUAAGACGUUCAACGGAUGGUGAUUUUAUACACGCCAACGUCGAUAUUGAUUUAAUUAUAUCCGAAGAGGAUGAGUUUGGUUCCUUUGAAAAACCCAUUGAAAUCUUUCAUAUUAUAGAACAUUUCUGUUUGGGUCGACGACGUUUACAUUUAUUUGGUCGUGAUUCUAGCAUUAGACCUGGCUGGCUAACUGUGGGACCCGAAUUAACAAAUUCCAAUUUCAACGCCGAACUUUAUCAAACUUACUUUGCCGAGGCACCCGCCACCGGCUGUACUACACGUAUUGAGUCUUUAAGACCUAAAAGUCCUCCAGCUAAUAGUAAGAUUAUAAGGGGACGUGGUCGUGGUUUUGGCCCUCGUGGUCGCGGUCGAGGUAGAUAAAACUGUGGAUUAAUACUUUUAAAUACUGAAUUACAAGAGAAUUUUUUCUUUUAUAAAACUACAAUACUUAUAUUUUAAUAAUCAGUGUUCUUUUUCUCAUCAGUAUAAGUUUUCUUUUUUUUAUAAUAAUUCUCAUUUUGUAACAAAAUUUUAUGAUUUACAUUUAAAGUUUUCUUAUCGUUGCAGAUUUAUUUAUUAAAGU